AACUCCUGGACGGGGUGGGGCUGGGGUAGGACAUCCGGUAGAAAUCCACACGGCGACUUGUCCGAUCGGUACUAACUUGAAAACCUCUUGGUUCCACAGUACUGACAAAAUAAUAAUAACACUUUGGAAGUAUCUCAUGUCAUUCUCUUGACAUUGCAAAAUCGAGUGAACAGGGUAUGCCCAAAUAGCGGAGUUCGGCCGUCGCUUUCGCUGGGAAAUAGGUUGGCACUUGGUGAACUUCACACCUGGGACUUCAUCGUCUGGUUUUCAGAUCUCUCACUUCAGGUGUAAGGGGAUCGCCUUAACUCAACGGGCAAUUCCGCUCCGAAACCGAGUUUAAGCUUGAGCUUGAGCUUAAGCUUGCGUCUCCUUACAUACGGCGCUAAGACUCAGACACUCGUACCGAUUUGCGAUGGUACACCCUCAUGGUGGUCGAUGAGUACUAUGAACGCGAUGGACACUAAUGCACCUGUACGUGAGCUGUAUGUUGGUAUGGUAGACGGAAGCGCCGGCGAAGGGAGUUCUGAGUAUCGUUUUCGACCUUCAGCUUAUGUCUGAUCACUAGCUUCUCUCCGAGAAUUAUACUUUCCGGAUCGCACCAACGUUGCUAUUCUGGAAGGUCCAAGGUAGUUUAACCUCUGAUGUUCUCGGCGAUGGCUCUCGUGGUUCCUCGGCCACGAUGACUCAAGAAACUUGAGGUUGUCUAGUACCGCUCGUCCCACACAAUACCUCCGCGUGAGCCUAUAAAGCAGCGCAUCGAGAAGGUUACAGGUUGUACAAUACGGAUCAUUUCGCCGUUGUGUUCUCAUACUUUGACUAUGAGCACUCCCAUUGAGCCCACUACUCACGUUGUUCUCCUUGCUACGGAGGCUUGGGGACACACCAGGCCUCUCUGUACCUUUGCUGCAAGAUUGAUUCAGACAUGUCCAGUCAAUGUCACCUUCUUUACCGCUCCCAACAUCGCAGACCGAGUAGAGGCUGAAAUCUCACGUAGCUUUGGCCCAGAGGAUCAAGCAUUGAAAGACCUCAUUAGGGUUGCUGGGUUGCACAUGGGUGAACCAAAGACAGGAGAAGCUCUCAACUUCACAGCAUAUAACGAGGCGUUCGCCAGAGCUUAUGCUCAACUGGUAAACGAAGAGACUCUCAUAUGUGCUCAUACCGGGCGAGAGAUCAAGCCUCUCGCAGCCCCUGACGCUGUUGUCAUGGACUUCUUCUGCGUCCCUGGUUUGGAGGCAGUUCGCAAGCUGAGCAAGAAGCAUGUCAAGGUGCUGGCAUGGAUGGCGUGUCAAGCUUCUUUCCUCUUGUAUCCAUUUGCACCGGUUAACAGGGGAGGGAGAGGAGACUAUCGUCCGAAGGUUAUGGCUGAGGUCGCAAGAACAGGACGCAGCAUUGAAGAAGUCGCCGAUGAGGUGCUGUUCCAGUCCACUAAGGAUAUCAUCCGCAUUCCAGGGUUGCCCCCAAUGUACGAUUACGAGCUAGCUCCACAAGAGAUACACCUUAAAGGUUCCGCAGGUGUCAUCACUAUGAUGAUGCAAACAUUCAUCGAAGCGUGCGAUGGUAUGAUUUUGGCUACAGCACAACCAUUCGAGCCAGAGGGUGUAGCAGAAGUUAGGGCUUGGUUUGCAGAGACCUCUCGUAAAGCAUAUGCAGUUGGACCGCUCUUCCCUCUAGGAGAAGGUGCGGCUGCAGGCGAGCGACUUCAAUCUGACAAGCCAUCAGAAAUAGAGCAAUUCCUCGAGGCCACCUUGGAAUCGCAUGGUCCGAAGUCUCUCCUAUAUAUCGCCUUUGGGUCUCUGUACUGGUCGACGGAACCGGAGAAGAUCUGGGCCUUCUUGGAUGUGGUGAUGGAGAAGAAGAUCCCUUUCAUCCUAAGUCACGCGUCUCCUUUCGCUCAGGUUCCGGACGAGGUCGCUGCUAAAGUAAAGACGUAUGAACAAGGCAUCCUCUCGAAAUGGACUCCGCAACAGACCAUUCUAGCCCACCCUACAAUCGGAUGGUUCGUUACCCAUGCGGGUUUGAACAGCACCCUGGAGGCCAUAUCCCUUGGUGUACCAAUGAUCUGUUGGCCUUUCAACGCAGACCAGCCUACUAUGGCUGCCCAGCUCUGCGAGACGCACGGCAUAGCGUACGAGCUCUUUGAGGUUGGUACCGAACCAUGGGGACUCAAAGAGCUUCACCGAACUGGUAAAGCUCCUACUGGCACUCUCGAUGCUGUGCGUGAGGAGGCCCGAUUUGUCCUCGACAAGGCAUUUGGCGAAGACGGUGCGAGUAAGCGAGCAAACAUGAAGCCGCUUCAAGAUGCUGUUUCGAAGACUUGGGAGCAGGGCGGGCCUGCGAGACGUGACCUAGAGAGACUUGUUGCAUCCUUGCAAGUGUAGAAUACUUGGUUGCGCGAGCUGUCCUCAGAACUGGACUUAUAAUAUGCAUGUUAGAUGCGGACACGAUUUAUAUCUUGUCACUGUAACACCACGAGGAAAUGUUUGAGCGUUUUCGUAAUUUUGAUGUCUCGGCC